AUGUUUCACCACCACCAUCAAUCUUACAAUGUCAACUCUAAUAUUGAUAACUAUUCAACUCCGAUAAGGGAUGAAAGUUUAGACGAAAAUGAGUUGGAGUAUGAUGAUGAUGAUGAUGAUGAGGAAAAUGAAGGAAAUGAUCAAGAUGAUCAAUACGGUGAAGAUGAAGGAAAUUAUGUUCAUCAUGUUGAUGCUACCCCUAUACCUUCAAAGAAAAGUUGGGAUUUGAUUGAACAUAUUGCUCUCGUAUGCUCAGUCAUGAACACAAGUACAGAUCCAAUUGUGAGCACCAACCAAAAGAUAAGAGUGAGGUGGCAAAAAGAUAAGGAAGCUUAUGAAGCAGCGAGGAUGGAACGACCCCAUCUGAUCGCACGAAGAACCGCCAACAUGCUUAAAUGUCAUUGGGAUAGAGUUGCUCCCGCAUGUUUGAAGUGGUAUGGAAGUUAUGACGAGGCUCUUAGGAAGAAGAAGAGUGACAUGAGUGACGAAGAUGUGCUUAAAGAAGCACAUUUACUCCAUCAAAGAAAACACGUGGUAAAAAGUAAUCAAGAAAAACGAUUGGAUCAACAACCAACUGGUGGUGUUAGUAGUGAAAGUAGUGGGAAAAGAUCAAGGACGAAAGAAGAUUCUGAACCACUAACAAGUGAACCUCAAGGAGGAUCAUCUACUCGCCUUGAGGGUUUGAAGAAGGCUAAGGCUCGCAUGACUGGGAAAAUGGUUGUAGAUCAAUCAAUUCAAGCUUUGAGUGCAUUUGGAGAGAGUCUUCGACUUAAUUCAGAAAUAAUGGAGAAGACAGAACUUCAAAAACAAAAAGAAGCUCGAAAAAAAAACAACUUCAAAUGGAAGAAUAUCGAAUGA